CUCCGGUCAGCGCGGCGGCCCGCUCGGCCCGCGUGCUCCGGGGCCGCAUGGCGUCGGCCCCGUCGCUUCUCGGGGCCCGCCCCCUGCUGCAGUUUCUGCGGCUGGUGGGGCAGCUCAAGAGAGUCCCACGGACAGGUUGGGUAUACAGAAAUGUGAAAAAUCCAGAGAGUGUCUCGGAUCACAUGUACCGGAUGGCAAUUAUGGCUAUGGUCACCAAAGAUAACCACCUUAACAAAGACCGAUGUAUACGCCUAGCCCUGGUUCACGAUAUGGCAGAAUGCAUCGUUGGGGACAUAGCACCAGCAGAUAACGUCCCCAAAGAAGAGAAACAUAGGCGAGAAGAGGAAGCUAUGAAACAGAUAACCCAGCUUCUACCAGAGGACCUCAGAACAGAGCUCUAUGAACUUUGGGAGGAGUAUGAGACCCAAUCUAGUGCAGAAGCUAGAUUUGUAAAGCAGCUGGAUCAGUGUGAGAUGAUCCUUCAGGCCUUUGAAUAUGAAGAUCUUGAGAACAAACCUGGAUGCCUCCAAGAAUUCUAUGAUUCCACAGCAGGAAAAUUCAGUCACCCUGAGAUAGUCCAGCUUGUUUCUGAACUUGAGACAGAAAGAAAUGCGAACAUAGCUGAGGCCACAAACAAGCCUUUCUCAUAAGCGCUGCAUUCCUGAAAUGUUUUCUUUCUGUUUCAUGGUACUGUUUUGCCAUUGUUAGUCUGCUAAUUUCUCCAGAUAUGAGUCUGUUUAUUUUCAAUUGCAACAGAACAGGAAGGGGUCAUAUGAAAUACCAUGGAUAAAGACUAGACAGGAGAGUUCCUUUUUUUUAUUAUGAACUAAAUAAAUAUAAAAUACUUUUGAGUUUUGGAAUAUUUAUUUCAAGUCUUAAAUCAUCUUACUCUAACUUAAUAAUAUAUAUCCCAGAAGGCCAGGCUCACUGAAGGGUAGAAAAUUUGAGUCUUUCCUUUUUUUUUUUGUCAGUUGUGGGGCUUGAACUCUGGAAUUUUGCUUGUUUUUGAGAACAGAUUUCUCUGCUGAUAGAGUGAGGAAGGGAGGUCAGAAAAGAAACUGUGGGUAAUGUAUUCUCCAGAUAUUUUAUCAGAUGAUCACUUUCUUGAAUUAGAUUUUGAAUUCCAUGGAGAUUGCCUCUGGCUAGUGACUGUAGAUUUCUGUUCCUGAUAACCCUGCCCUCAAAUCCUUGAGCAUUUUGGGUAAUAACCUGGGACAUAAAAUUUUAAAUGCCAUGUACCUUUCUCUUUGUAUUUUUCCAUCUGACUUACAGAUUUGAAGGCCUUGUUUAUAAAAACAUUUAUCAGCAGGGAAGAAAUACUAAUAGGAGGAUUGCUGGAGUCACUGAGCCUUAGACAGAUUAUGUAUCAACCUGACUUCUCCUCAUUUUACUUUCAUGGCCUAAGUAUGCCUUGUAUUCAGUGUACAACCAUUGAAUAAUAUGUAAAGGAAUAAGAUCGAUGAAAACCUAGUUGGUAUUUUGGUGUGGAGCAAUGAGGCCUGUCCCUUUAAUGUACCUGACGGUUUCUAUUGGAAGAAAGGAAAGCAUUUGAGGCUGGCCUGGUAGAAAUUCUAGGCAGCGUUUCUUUGGAAACUCUAUGCAGUAUCCAUGGAUACCCAGUCUGCAGGAAGCAAGGUUCAUGAUCUCUUCAGAAGCAAUACAUACAUGUGUACAUACAGUUGCUUUGCAUGGAAAGGAGAAAGAACAUGAUGUUUGAUUAUUUUUGGAGAUACGUUAAUAGGCUAACAACUCCAUCUAUGAAUAUUGUGGCAUUAUUCUUCCACUUGGCAUGAGAACAGGUAAAUAAAACAAACAGGUAAAUAAAAUAAUUUCAAUAAAGUUCAAGUCUUUAUAACCAGAAGUUUUAUUUUGAAUGUCUUGCAAUUUUGUAAAUAGCUAAGAGUUCACAGAAAAUUUGGAACUCUGACUGGGUCAUUCUAUAUACUGAUCCCUUAAAUCUUAUCUCAGUUGACCAUAUUCUGUGGUUCCAAACCUUGUUUCUGAGGUAAUUUGGCUUUUAUACACACACAUGCACAUACACACACACACACACACACACUAGUGCUAUGAGUAAAAUCUUUUAAUAAAAUAAAGACUAAUAAGAGAAGUUAGUUAUUGAAUCCACUGGUAAUGUCUACAAAUAUUUGAAUAUGACUUAAAAUUUUUUUCCUUUUUGGAGUAUAUCUGCUACUUCUUGGAAUUAGUCUCCUUCUAAAUAGCAACUCCUAUAAUUAUGAUUCAGAGUAAAUAAUUAUUCUUGGGUUGAACUCAACAAAAAAGAACUCCUUGUUACUUUUUUCCCUCCUGUGGAUUGGCAUUCCACCAGCUGUUAUGUAAUUUUCAAUGCUCUUGUAUUUUAAAAAAAAUACUGAUUCCUCUCAAAGCCUCUGUGGUGCUAUAUGCUCCAAUAUAUGCUUUGAUAUUCUAUACCAAUUGCAAAGGUGGAAUGCUUUGUGAAGAAGCAGCUUCCACCCUAGCGUAUUUUACGUGCAUAAUUUCAGUCUUCCGAUUUAAAGAUGAGAAACGAUGGUUUCUGAGGGACACUCAGUGCUGCAGUUUGGGUAUGGCAUGUGUGUCCUCUGCACAAAGCUCCCUCCUUUUCAGAUUACCUGAGUAGCUAUGACUCAAUGUAGAUUGGAGAAAGUUUUAGUAUUAUUUUAAUAUCCUAGAGUGGCUGAGGUUAUAAAUACUGUCAUAUCCUCUUGUCCUAUUCAAAUUAGAAGUUAAUUUAAAAUUACAUCUGUAAACUUAUAUCCUUUACAAACAAUCAAUAACCCUGAGGACUUGAAGAAAUAAAAAAAAAUCAGUCAGCAUUAAAAUCAAUUAUUUUAAUGACUUAAAUAAACAUACAUAAUUGAUGUUGGUAAGGGGAUCACAAGCAGUUUGGUGACGUUUGUAGUCACCUGCUGCUGGAGAGUUGAAAAGAACUCAGAGCCUCACCUGCUGAGAUGAAGAACUGAAUGGACUUUACUCAGUCUUCAAGGACAUGCAUCUUACCAUGGAAGCCAAGCAAAUAAUAGUAGCUAUAUGAUGGGAAAUAUAUGUUGAAUUACACAGACAAGUAUUACAACUAAUUGUGUUCCUGCUCCAGUGUGGACAUUUUUUU